AUCCACUUACGGGUAUAUGAAAUGUGAAAAAAGUCAGAAAUUGCAAAAUGAAUGGGAUUAUAUCAUCUCAUUUUCAUAACAGAUAUUCAGUGAGAAGUGCUUGUGUGUGGUUCACGGUAGUUAUUUCCUUGCUUAAACGUGUGACAUGUUAUAAUAUAGAUACAGAACACCCUUUGAUUUUUCAUGGAAAACCUGGAUCUUAUUUUGGCGUGACAGCUGAAAUUGUCGUGGAAUCAAAAAAAUGGGUCCUUGUUGGUGCUACAAAAGACAAUUUCACCGACAGACCGGAAAUUCCCUAUCCUGGAAAUGUUUAUGCAUGCCAGGUUGAUUUCUAUUCUAAGACCACUUGUACAGUUUUGUCUAAAUUAAGGACUCCAGAACUUCACGCAAACGAGUCACAGGACGUAUUUGAGGAAAAACAACAACUUUUAGGGGCCAGUAUUCUUGUACCAGAGGACACGACUAAAGCAAUCAAGAUUUGCGCACCAAAAUGGAAAAAAAUACAUUACUUCAUACACCAAAUCAGCGGAAAUUGUUUCCUAUUAAAAAAUAGAUCCGAUCUUAUGAAUUAUCCGGAAUUAUCCGAGAUCAGGCGAAGAUUAUAUUCAGGUGACUACGGAGCGCCGCUUACAGGAUUCUCUCUUGCCGAUAUCCAGAGUCCUGUUUUUGAAACCCUAUAUGGUUCUCCCAAUCUUGGAGAAAGAGCAACAGGAGGCAUUGUGGGUAGACUUGAUGGUACAUUGUCUAGAGUUAAAACCUUUAAACUUGAAGUGGAAAAAUCAGAAGAUCUGCAGGACACUUACUUAACUGGGUCAUUAUUCGGAUAUAGUAUUGCAACUGGAAAUUUAGGGGAUAACUCACCCCAUUUCGUGGUGGGCGCUCCUGGAUUCGGCAACAAAAACGGAAAUAUUGGCGCCUUCUCCAUAUUCAAAAUUGGCGAACGUCCAAUUCAAGUCAAACAGGUUGAGGGAAUUCAGGCUGGAGGUGGAUUUGGUCAGACACUCUGUAUUGCUGAUGUAAAUGGUGAUAAUAAUGAUGAAAUCCUGGUCGCGGCACCAAAUUGGUUUUCUGUACACGACCAAGGAGAACAAGUGAUCAAUGAUAUUGGAGCCGUUUACAUAUAUUACGGCACAGGAACAGCGUUUGUCAUUGAUAACAAGCCACAAGAACUACAUGGUUCAUUUUCUCCAUUCUCAAGAUUCGGGACUGCAAUUGCUAAUGUUGGUGACAUAAACAGGGAUGGAUAUAAUGAUAUAGCUAUUGGAGCGCCAUUCGAAAAUAAAGAGGGGGCUGUUUACAUUUUCAAUGGAGGAAACACUCAAUUGGAAGGCUUGUAUUCACAGAAAAUAUUAGGAUCCAAUAUAAAGCCAGUUCUUCAAGGAUUUGGAUGGUACAUAUCAAGAACAGCAAAGGAUUUAGAUGACAAUAUGUUUAAUGAUUUUGCUGUAGGAGCAUACAGAUCAGACACAGCUAUAAUACUAAGAUCCAGGAACAUUAUUGAUGUCAAUUGUGAAAUUACAACAAACCCCGACCGCAUACCCCUAAACGCUAGCGGUACAUCUUGCAGUUAUGGUCGUGAUUACAAUCCCUGUUUCUCUGUGUCUCUAUGUUUCAAUUUCACCGGGGAGGGAAUUGUGGAUACUGAAAUUGAUUUUACAAUUACUAUUGAUGCAAACGAAACAAGGAAAAGGGCAGUAAUUAACAGAAAUGGUACACAAUGGGGAGAAAGAGUUUCCAACUUCAUCGUAUUUUCAAAUAAACCUCAUUGUUAUAAUUUAGAGUUAUGGGUGCCGGUCAUUGACAGAAGAUUUUUCCAAGUCAUGGAGAAACCGAUAGUUCUAAAGGCUGAUUACGAAAUAAGUAAUUCUACAAAGCCCGGGAAAGUAAGAGCUAUUCUGAAAAGGGACGUGACUCCAACCUUCUAUGGAAAGGCACACUUUGACACUGGUUGUGAAUCAGAAGAUGGAACGUGUCAACCAAAUCUGAGUCUUCAUGUGACUUUGGACAAGAAAAGACUUCUCAUCGGGAAUGACACCAUCUUACAAAUGAAAAUACUUUUGAAAAACUCCGGUGAACCGUCCUUCAAAACUUCACUCACAAUUAACUACCCUGCGCUGGUAAUAUUCAAUACAAUAAAAAUAAGUCAAGCUUCUGUAAAAAUGUAUUGUAUGGAGAUGAAAAACAAUAAUUCGAUAGAAUGUGAGAUCGAAAAUCCUUUUUAUCAACGUAUGAAAGGAGAACUAGACGUCUACUUUGAAAUUUCCAAAUAUCUAUUGGAGUUGGCUUCCGGUUAUAUAACUACACAAAGUCUUGUUUUCAAUGCGACAGCCAGAACUGACAACGUUUACCCAGGAGAUAACACAGUGUUUAGAGCUGUUGCAGUUGCUUCUUUUGCUGGAAUAAAUCUGCACAUGUCUGCAUUGGAAGAAGAGAUUACGCCAGUCAACAAUGAUAUACAGUUUUCAAACACUUACCGACUCCUCAACGAAGGACCUUGUGUUAUAGAGAAGGUGGAUCUUCAGUUCUUUAUUCCUGUCAGGACCAAAGACAAAAUCUUCAUCAAAGAAGGCGAUGUCAGGGUACAAAGCAACCACGAAAAUGUCCAUUGCAAAGCUUCAUACUAUCCGCGCGUUAACUUUAAUACUACCAAUCAGUACCCUCUCAGCGGAAACGGAAGCAGCGUUUUCCUGUACAACAAUUCCGACAUAAAAUUUAUACCCAAAGAUGUUCAGCCAAUCAUGGGAUUACUGGAGAGCGCGCAAUAUAUCUUUUGUGACAAUAUUGUUGGACCAUACAUGUGUGCAGUAGUGGAUUGUACUCUGAAUAUGGUCAAGCCUGAGGACAGUGAUAGCAGAACGUUCAGCUUACCCUUUAAUAUCCUCUUGAACGAUCUACCCGAUUUAGAAAAGGGAAAAUCUUUUUAUACUUUUGUCACACGUGGUCGAGUGAUCCAAAACAAGAGAUUAAGUGUACCAUUGGUGUUGAGUAACAACGUAUCGGAAGAGAUUUAUGUUGCCAUUAUUCCUCAAAAUUCCUUUUCCCUGGAUGUUGAGAACGUAGACCUAAUAGUUAUAAUUCUGGGCUCUUCUGGAAGCUUAAUAUUAAUCAUGCUGUUGGUAGCUAUCUUGUGGAAGUGUGGAUUUUUCAAAAGAGAAAAAAGAAAACAGAUUGAAGAAUUUAAACGCAGAAGACGAAAAAGCCAAAUGAAAUCUAUGAGGUGUCAGAAAGCGGUUCCAGAGUUGUAGCGCAAAUUUUCCUACAUAGUACAGUGUGGUUCUUCCUCCCGGAAAAACUGUCUAUACUUUUUUAAGAUAUAGGGUAUUACAUAUUGCAGAUUUUGGCUCCAAAUAUUCCUGAACACGUAGUGUAUUAAUGAACAUGGCAACAUCCAGAUAGAUACAUGUAUCGUUAUGACCUACUUUUAUACAUCUACAAUUAUACUAUAUCCUUCUUUAGUUAAUAGAUUGUAAUAAAACUUAUUCUUAAUCAUGCUAGAGAAAUGUCUAAUAAGGUUAUUUUAGUUUCUAAGUCCUUUAUUACAGUAAUC